AUGUUGGAAGAUCGAAUAAAAUUGCCGUUUUCACCUCAAACUCGGAAAUGUAAGUUUGAAAUUCAUUGUUAUUCUUGAAUAAUUAAAUAUUGUUUUCAGCUGAUUUCAUCCUUGGUGCUCUAUUUUCAAGUAUUCAUGUUCUUCUAACAACAAUUGUUUAUCAUUAUGUUCCAGAUCCAUAUAUGGAUGAAAUUUUUCAUAUUGGUGAGUUAUAUUCAUUUUUUGUAUGCAAAAAACUAAUGUUUUUCGAUUUAGGACAAACAAGAUCAUAUUGUGCUGGAAAAUAUGAAUGGAAUCCAAUGAUAACAACUCCACCAGCACUUUAUAUUUUAUCAAUUCCAUUUUGUGGAUAUGAACGUUAUGUUAAUUCGAUUCUAAUGUUUUUCGCAAUUCCAGCAUUUUGUCGAUUCCGUCGAAUGUUCUCACGGGUUUGUAUUCAUCUCAUUCUUCUGAUAAAUCCCAAAAUAUCAUUUUCAGGAUGAUGUUUGGCUGACUGCAAGUGUUGUUGGAUGUUUGCCAAUUCUAUUACAAUCUUCCGUUCUCUUUUAUACCGAUUUAUUGUCUUUGAUCACUGUCAUUUGGGGAUUUUCGAUAAGGUAAGGUUUGAAAAGGGUAUCUGAAAACGUUGAGAUUGAUAUUUUCAGAUCUCCAAUACCAUCUGCAUUUUUCUUCACAUUAGCCUGUUUGUGUCGACAAACAAAUAUUAUUUGGGCAGCAAUUUAUGGAAUUGGAUAUUUAUUCACGCAUUUCAACAAGAAACAUAAGUUCUGGUCAAUAUUCCAAUCGUUGUUAGAUCUUUGGCCGUUCGAAUUUCUCGCACUUUCAUUUGCAACAUUUAUAUAUUGGAAUAAUUAUCAAAUUGUUUUGGGAGAUGCCAAAGCUCAUCAACCUAAAUUUCAUUUGGCUCAAUUCUUUUAUAUGUUCGCUUUUUGUGCUUUUCAUUCGUGGCCGAAUGUUCUCAAUAAUCUUUUCAAUAUUUCCAAAAAGCUUCUCAAUCUCAAAUCGUUUAUUCUUAUUUCACUAAUCGGUUUGGGUAUUCAUUAUUUUUCAUUUGAUCAUCCUUAUCUUAUUGCUGAUAAUCGACAUUUUACAUUUUAUAUCUGGCAAAGAUUUCUCUCAAAACCACCAAUUCGACUUUCUUUAUCUCCAAUUUAUCUGUUUUCAAUAUAUUUUAUGAGUUAUUCAACUUCUAAAAUUCAUCCAAUUUUCCAUAUUUUAUUUUUGUUUGCUUCAUUUUUAGUUUUAGUUCCUGCUCAUUUAUUCGAAAUGCGUUAUUAUAUUAUUCCUUUUACUGUUUGGCGACUUUCUUCUUCUUCUUCAAAUUCUUCCAAGAUUUCAAUUUACAUCGAAUUGUUAUCCAAUAUUUGCAUUUUUUCGGGUGUUAUGUAUCUAUUCCUUUUCAAGCCUUUUAUCUGGUCAAAUGAGCCUGGCUCACUUCAACGUUUCAUGUUUUAAUUAUUUAAUGAAAUACGGUUUUAAUUUUUUUUGAAAAUGGAUUUUGAAAUGGUUUGCAAACCAGUGUCUAUUUAUUUAUUUCUUGUCCUCAUUAAAAAAUGAUUCAACUCAUUUUUAGAUAUUUCGCACACAUGGAUCUCUCACCCGAAGAACUCAUUUUACAACGGUAAUUAUUAUAGAAGGUUUUUUUGAGAUCUCAAUUUUGUUUGAAUUUCAGAGCAGCUUUUCUUCGCAUCGAACAAGAACGCAAAGAUGCUGAAAUGGCCAGAACAUUGCAACAAAGAGAAGCUGAAGAAAGAGCUGAACCGGCAUUAUCUCCAGCUGAGAUUGGUUAGUUUUUAUACUUUUUUGAUAAAAUAUUUGUUUGUUUGUUUUCAGCUAGAAUCUUAAACGAAGUCCCGGCUCAACCACAGAUUCCUGCGAAUUUUAGAAAUAUUGAGGAAAUAAAUGAAGAAAUUGAUAUACUUAAUCAUAUCAUACCUCGACCAACAGCAACAAGAAGAAGACCAAAUAAUGCUGUAGGAGCUCGUGCUCAAGGAGAACCAGAUGCUCAAAGAAGAAGAAUUCGUUUAGAUUUAGACACCCAACGAAGAACUGGUGACAUAGUGUAAGCUAUUCAUUGAUAAUUUCAGAUUUAUUUGUAUUAUUUUUUUAGAACUAUUGGAGCUUCGAGUGAUGAAGACAACGAUGAGGAAGAAAGUGAGGAUUCAGACAGUUCGUUGUCUUCUGAUAAUGACGAUGACAAUGAAGUUAGAGAAGGAAAUGCUGUAGCAACAAGUAGUUCGGAUGAAGAGGAAGGAGUACCCCGUGAGAUUGAAAAUUUCGCUGAACAAAUGGCGAAUAUUCAUGAAAGACUUAGAGUUGCGCAAAGAGUAAGAUCAAAUAAAGUAAUAUAUUUUAGGAAUAAAAUAAUAUAUUUUUAGAAUACAUUGAAUGCGCCUCCAUUUUUUGGUCGUCCUUUUCAAAGAGCUGGAAUAAGAACACUUCAAAAUACUUUGAAUACACCAGCUGUUAAUGUUCCAAGGUAAAUCAAUUUAUUUUUAUUUGUGAAACGAAAUAAUUACUUCAGAGAUGGUCAAUAUGGCGAAUGCACUUUAUGUUUUGAAGAACCAGCUCUUCCAACUGGAUGUAACAAAUGUAAACAAUUGAUCGGGUGUAGAGCGUAAGUUUUAAAUAUUUUCAAUCAGAGGAGAUCGUAGAAUGAACUUUUUCUCUAAUUUUGAAAUGAGAGAGAACAUCUAAAAAAAAUUUCUUGUCUACUAUUUUUCUUUGUGAACUUUCAUAAAUCAAUAAAUUUUUUCAGAUGUGUCAAUACUUGGCAUUCAUCAGCUUAUUCAUCAGCUGCAAUUCCUGCUUGUCCACUUUGUCGUCAUCGUUGGAAUCUUCGUCCAGAUGUUCGCGAAAUGGCAUUGAUUGAUGCUGAAAAACGUCGUGCUCAUUUGCGUCGUCGAUCUUCAUCUGUUGGUAAUCUCAGAAUCCGAAAUGCUCAUUGA